AUGGUGAUCUGGCUCGGGCAUAAAGAAAAUGCAUGCCCAUGGGAUGAUGAUGUAGGGAAGUCAGCUCUGUUCACUACAGGGGAAGGAGAUUCUGACGAUACAGAUGCCAAGAGCACAUUGAAUGAACCAAAUGCUGAGCAGAGCAUGAAGGAGGCCCAUGACCUACCGACCGGCAUGCCAUUCAUUAGGAACAACAAGGCCAUGACAACAAUAGUCGACAAGUCUGGAGUACAUACCUACAUUAUCAAGUAUUGCACAUGCCCAGAGGCCGCCACCACCGAUAUACAGUUGUUUCACAUGGUGCAGGACUUCGGCAAUGAAUUAUUACAGCAAGUUAAGGAGGAUGACCACGAGCACCUUUCCUCACUUGGUGCCAGUGAGCUUUGUGGUGCAUCAUCUGCCAUUUCAUUAAUUGCCAUGAAGGACCAUUACCAGGAGCUCAUGAGAGUGGCAAGACAAUGGCGGAAGUUGAAGCUCCUGAAGUGGAAUGGCUUCGGCCAUGAGAAAAAGGAAGUGAGACCUGGUGAUCUAGCCCUCUUUUUCAGUGAUGCCUUGUACAAGGAGCAUUUGGCCAUUGCUAAGGAUGCUGUGCAAUGCUCGGAGUGCAACAACCACCGCACAGUGAAUUUGGCAAAUGCAUCUCGUCACAGAUUGGAGGCCACUGGCAUCGGCGGAUGCGCAUGUGUGAGGCAUGAAUGUUUUGUCCUGCACGCCAUGGUAGAUUUUCAGAAGGGAGAAAGACAGAUGAAUAUGGAUUGUGCACUGUGCGAGGAAUUAAAACUCAAUGCCAAGGGCAUCUGCCAUAUAUUGACCUUCUAUGAUGUGAACUCACCGACAAGAAAACAGCAAGAGUUAAGGUUGUUAAUGGUGCAAGGCUGGUGGCCUGACGAGGCACACCAGAAAGGUGCAGCAACGUGGCUGGCAGAGGGCCUUGCUAUCGAGGAAGCCCAGGUCAUGCUGCAGAUGGAUGAUAUUGAUCGCUGGAUGGCGGCUGGAGCAAUAAUUCUCAGUGAGGAAUUAGGCGACAAUGACAUGCAGAUCAUGCAACCAGAUCUGUUAAUACUUCAAGAAGAGGCUGAAGAAGAUAUUGACAUCGAGCUUAGAGUGUUGAGCCGGAAAAGGGGGAACUCACGCUCUGGCAAGGGCAGACUUGGUGCAGACGAUGCACUGCUCAAGAGAUACCAACCAUUGACAAGGGAGCAUCUCAAGGUCAGUACUGCCGUCGCCGAUCCAAAUUCAAGAGGGCAGAGGGACAAUGUGUUAGCUUGGUUUUGGUCAUUGGAUGUCGAAGGGGACUCUGAUAGCAGUGACUGGCUGAAUGAGUUUUACCAUGUUCACUGGCUUCAUGCCAAGGCUAUGAGAGACUGA